AUGUCGUCUGUUUGGAAAGAAAUUCUGGAUGAGUUUGAUCUCUGGAUGUCAGAUGGAUGUGCCUUCAAGAAAUAUGGCAUUUUGGUUGCUGAGAAUAUUCUGCCUUUGAAAGAUGGUUGGUUUUCUUGCUCGGUGAUUGCCCCUGAGGGUAUCAGCAGUUCUUGCAUUGCCAGAGAUUUCAUGCGGUUUCAUGAUGACAGGCCUUCUCAUGAGGCCACCAUGAUUUGGAAUGUUGAAUGGUCGCAGCCCUUGCCUGAAGUGAAGUACAUGAUUUGCGGUGUUGAUGUCUGCCCGGAUAACAUCCUUGCAGAUUUUGAGGUUCCGAAAAGUGCCAUUCCAUUGCCCUUGCUCCAAGCAAGUGUCAUGCCAGUGAAUGUGAUUGAGCUUUUUUCAAGGGGUUUGGGAGGUUGGAAAACUGCAUGUAACUUCCUGCAUGAACAUGAGAAUGUUGCUUUCAAAGUGCUUGCCGUUGAAAUUGAUAUCGAAGCAGCCUUCACGUAUGCAGUGAGCCAUUCAGUUCCUUUGAUCAGUGGAAAAACGCACCUGGACCCAGCAUUGGCACAGCAGCACUCACACCUUGUGGUGCAUGCAGAUGUAGCUGGAGAUACUUGGUUGAGUCUUGGUAGUGCUUGGUGCCCAGACAUUGUUGCGAUUUCCUCACCAUGCCCGCCUUGGAGUUCAGCAGGUUCAUCCUCAGGUCUCUACUCAGAAGAAGGCCAAUUGUUGAUCCGAUCGAUUGCAAUCUGCAAGUUGCUCCGUCCACGGGCAAUAGCACUUGAGCAGGUAAGUGCUUUUGCGUCACAUGAGCACUUUCACUACGUGGUGCAAACCUUGAGAUGGGCUGGUUACCAAUUAUACCAUGCUCAGGUCUUGGAUGCAUCCGACAUUCUUCCCAUUGCCAGGUCCAGAUGGCUUGCCAUUGCUUUGAGAGUGAAUGAUGAUGGAGUGAGCCACAUGCCUUUCCAGGGUUGGUACCCAGUUGAAGCUCAAGUGCCCAACACAUGGGAUGUCAUUUUGCAAGAACAGUUUUUGCAUGAUGCACGUCUAUACCCGAAGUCCGAUGUCCUGUCCUUGUCUGCCAGACAUGACCUUUUGCCUCCUGCGAAGCGCAGGGUAGUGUCCAAAGAACAUGUGCUUGCUUCCAGAUGCUAUGACGGAACAAUCAAGAUCCCGACAUUGAUGGCAUCAUAUGGGUCCCAACAUUGUUUGUCCGACGCAUGGCUCAGUGAGAAGGGAUUGAUGAAUCAUUUCUUCCGCCAAGUUGGAAAAAAUCCAAGAUACUGGCACCCAGUUGAAUUGUGGCUGAUGCAUGGGGCUCAUGGACAGCAGUUUUUCAUGAAAGAUUGGGUCAAGGCGUACAGGCAUGUCGGUAAUCAGAUUUGCACUCCUCAUGCCCUGUUGAUUAUCAUGAACAUUCUCAACUGCUUGGAUAAAGUGCCACAAGGUUUUGAUGCAUCAGAGGUCAUCCAGGACUUCAUUUCCAGCAGGAACAAGGCAUCCGAAAUUGCUGUCACUGAAACACAGGCAGGUUUCCUUGCACACAACGCACACAAGAUCCUUUCCGACGAACAGAAAAGACACAUUGAGAACUUCCAGUCUGGUUUGUAUGAUGGAACGAUCCCACACGACAUGUUUUGGAAUUUGAACGGAUUCCAAUCUUGCAAUGCCAUCAUACUGGAUGACACAGUGGAUCUUGCCCUGACUGCACCCAUGCCAAUUUUUGAGAAGGUCACCAUUUGCACCGCUGGAUUGACAUUCGAAGUUUUCAUCCAAGAUGGAAUUCCCUGCGAAAUGGCCUUGCAGCUUUGGGAUCAUGCCUUCCAAGACUUAGAGUGCUUCGAAAAACAAGAUGCAGUUGCAAAAGUUUGGGUGCCCACUGACAAUUGGCAAGAGUCACAUGAUGCCACUCCGAACUUGUGGGUCGUCAUACAUGAAAAAUGCUUGUACGUUGCAAAGCCAUCAGAAGAAACAGUGUCAUGGUUUCUGGAAAAGGGAAACGGGAUUUACGUUGACACACUUGGCAACCCCAUGAAUUUGCCAGAUUUUGCUGGAGCUCUCACCACUGCAGGAUUUAGCCUGAAGUCAAUGCCCUUUGUGCCAUGCAACAUUGCACGCUUUGUGCUUGCCAAUCAAUUCUGCAGUAUGCAAGUGAUCAAUGAACAGCACAAGUUCCAAGUCACUGCAAUCAUCCAGGGACCAUGGGAACAUCGUGUCAUUGUGGCCGAAUUCUGGGCGAACCUUUUCUCAAAGAAUGCACUUGAUGCCAUUGGUGUGUCCCUCACAUGCAAUCACCAGAGCAACUGCACAGCAUUGAUUUGGACAGUCCAAGAUGCCAGAUGCCCAUUGCCGGUGCAAUCCCUUUUGAUUGCCAUGUUUUCCAAAGCUGGAUACUGCCUUUUCUCCAAAUUGCAGGACUUGACAGGGCGCCACAUCAGAAUCAAAGUCUUUGGUAACGUGAUUUGGGAAGGUAAAUUGCCGAUCAAGUUUUCAGUUGCCACUUUGAAGCAAUGUUUGCACGCCAUCACAUGUCUUGUGUCAGGUAACUUGCAGUACCGAAUGAUUCAAGGGGGUAAGCAACCUGCGCCAGAGUCCACGAUUGAACAACUUGCCCAAGACAAUCCUUCCAGCAGGCUGACAUGUCACUUUGUUCUGCAGAUGAAUGGAGGGGGUUCCGAAAAUGGAACAAAGGCAGGUCACAGGACUCAGAUCAAAAAUGCCAUUGCAGGUGUUCUCUUGGAAGAAGGAUAUGACCUUGCAUGGACCUCGAAGUCCGUAGACCAGAUGAUGACGAAAAUUGGCACCAAAGAACUUUCCAAGUUUCUGCAAGUUGAGACCUCCAAGAAAGUUUUUGCAGCCAUGGAUUUCUUGCGUAGCUGUGACAUAGACAUUCCGAAGAUCAACACGGCAAAAUCUUCCCAAGUUGCAGCCAAUGCCAAGAAGAAGAGAUUCACUUCCAUGCCAGAUCCUGCCAAUUACACAGUCUUGGAUGGUGUUUUGGUGAAUGAAAACGAUUCCCCUUGUGCUCACAUUCCCAAGUUUGGGGGUCAUCAGCAGGGAUAUCAUUUGUGCACGCCAGCAGUGGCUUUGCCAUGGUUGCGUCAAGGAGACAUCCUAUCCAGGGACGAGUUGGCACUUUUGAUUUUUGGGGAUUUGCCAGUUACCACAAGAUUGGCCCAUGAACAUGUCACUGUACCUUGCCAAGAUGAAAAAGGCCGCCAGGUCUUAGUCGCCGGAGUGUUGGUUCAAUGUGGUGACAAACAGGUCAAGAUUGUACAAGGUGACGGUUACAAGGUGGACACCGAUGGAACCAUCCUUGCAGCAGUCACUUGGAGAAAAAGUGAUUGGCCACAACAAUGGACCGAGAUCUGUGCAAACCCAUACAAAUUCCUGAAGAGCUUCCCUGGAGUGUCCGAUCUUUCGGUUUCUGUUUGGGGUAAAGCCUAUAGACAGGGCAAAGCACAGGCCACUGCCAACAAUGCCAACUCCGUACAAGUGCACUGUCUUUUCAAGGAAGAUAAGUUUGCCGCUUUCCUCAAAUUAUCCGGAUUUAACAUGCUCUGGUUAUCUCCCAAGACAAAGGAGGGUAAGCCACAUCCGGCAUGGCGCAUUCUUUGGCUUGAUUCCAAUUUGGACAUGCAGGCUGCCACUGCAUUGGCAGCAAAAAUCCAUGACAGUGCAGGGCUUGUGUGCCUAUCUGAAAGGUAUGCCAUCCGAGUGCCAAAGAACAGUUAUGCAGAGGCAUGGGCAAUCAUAUACCCAUCAAUCCCAGUGCCAUUGGAAAUGGAUACGUCCAGAAUUUUCAAACUUGAGAGUCUCCCUUUUGGAGUUACAUCCACUAUGCUUACAGCAUGGGCAGAACACAUCAGUUGGCCAUUGAAGCCCUUGAGGGCAGUAGGUCCGAGAGCAUGGCUGAUAGGAACGGGACAGGAUCCCCCAUCCACGCAGCUUCAUUUCAACAGCUCCCCGAUUCUUGCCAGAGAAUUGAACAGCAAGCCGCAGGCCUUCAAUAAUCCAAUUGUGGCUGGCCCGCGACCUUCCAAGCCAAGUCAUGCAGCUGCGAAUCAGGACAACUACCAACUGAUCGGGGACCCCUGGGCAAACUGGACAGGUCCCAGACCAACUGCACCAGCGGCGCCCAUUGCAGCUUCUACUACGAUUGGCCCAACAGAGCAGCAAUUUGCCCAGCAAGCUGACCGGUUGAACAAACUGGAGACAGCCAUGCAAGAAAUGCAAACAGGUCAGAAGAAGCAAGAGAUUGUGAUGGAAAAGAUCCAGAAGGAGCAGGUCAAUCGAGAUCAAGAGGUGCGUCAACAAAUUGAUGACAAAUUUGCCGCCAUGAAACAUGAGAUUGACAAGACGUUCCAGAACGCUCUGAACAUGCAAGCAUCUCAGUUCAAUGCCAACAUGGAGGAGAUCAAAGGUCUUCUCAGGGAAAGGCCGAAAAGGAAGUCCAAGACGGAAGGAAUGCAGUUGUUGAAGCGAUCCAGUCCAGUCUUCUUCGCCCAGCCGGGUGUUGGCUAUGUCUUGGAAGAAACAUGGUUGGCCACGCACAGUCCCGUCAUGUUUCAGCUGUCUUUGCCGGGUCCUGUCUUGUUUGCCAAACACAUCCGUUUUCCCAAGUCUUUUGUCGAACUUGACAUUGCUGACCAGCACUGGGAUAACAUGGUUGACGUUUCGGGGGCCUUGCAAAAUGCUAGCAGCAUCCAAGAAUGGGGAGAAGCAGUUGAAAACAACAUCGACAAAUACCUGCGUCAAGGGGUGGGUUCAGUUCUUCAGUUUACAAAGUAUCAUCUUGAAAUUUCUUUGAAAGAAGAUGCAAAAAUUCAGAAGAAUAAGCUUGAAUAUCUUAGAUUCCUGGAUGCCGCCAACCAUAACAAAGCAGCUUAUGCCACGGUGAGGGGCCCCGGCAUGCCCCGUGUCCAUGAAAUUGGGCGGGUUCAAACUUGUGAAGCCAUUGCAGUGCCAAGUGACGAUGGUCACGAACACUCCCUCUAUAUGGACUCAAUCGAAACGGAAAAAUUCUCCAUGGACUUCCCUUUGGCCAUAGGUGAAGUAUCUGCUGAAGUUAUAUCCAUUGAAGAGCAUCGCUUACAAGUCCGUACCAAGGAAAGUUUUCCAGAGUGGCCUGAACAAAUCAUGGUUAGCCAACAUCAGUUUGCCAUUUCGCCUGCAGACCUUGCCAAGCAUCUUGACAGUUUUUGGAAGCCUAUAUGGAACCGUGAUCAUGUUUCCAUGGAUUUCAUGCAAGCCGAAUCAGACACAUGUCCUUUCCAUGAACUGCUGACACACAUGCCUGCACACCCACAAAUACAAGUUGACAUGCUCAGCCGAGAGGCGUGGUCCAAAGCAGUCAAGAAACUCAAAGCUCAAUCAGCCAGAGGUACUGACAAGAUCAGCGCUCAAGAGUUGAAACUUUUGCCUUGGUGUUACUUGGAAAAAUUGGCAGUAAUCAUGUCAAGCUAUCCACAGGGUUUCCCAGCCAGUUUCAUGCAUGGCCUGAUAUGCCCUUUAUCCAAGACCGAUGAAAUCCCAGAAGCAAAACAGACUCGUCCCAUCACAUUGUUGCCACAACUUUACAGGCUCUGGGCAGCAGUUAUGACUGCGGAGAUCACAAAAGUUUUGUGCACUUGGAUUCCAAAUGACAUCACUGGUCUCUUGCCAAGGCGUGGGGCCGCCAAUGCAGCCUACUUUUCCCAGUUUCAUAUCGAAAAAGCACGGAGGUACCAUAAGAGCAUCUCAGGUUUGACUUUGGACAUCAUUAAGUGCUUUAACUGUAUUCGCUGGGACUUCGGCUUUCAUGCGUUGCUUGCCCUAGGGGUGCCCAGGCAACUUUUGGUCGUUUGGAUGGCUUCAAUCCAAGCCCUCACUCGCCACUGGCUCCUGAACAAUCAAGUCAUCACUGCAGGCACUUUGCAGCAAGUAUGCGGCCCUGCAUCAGCCCUUGCGUUCAUGCUGAGCCAACUGUGCUUAAUGGAUUUGCUGACUCCAAACGAUGGAUGCUCAUCAGAGAGAUCUCAGGUUCCAGUUUUUCAGCAUUUACAGUCAUUCUUGAUUUGUGCCAAUCAGAUGAUGAACGAUGCCUAG